AUGAGUAGUAUUUAUGGUACAUCCGCUGAAGACGUGAAGAAGCGGCUAAGACCCUUUGGCAUCUUUUUUGAGAAAUCUUUAAAGGAUUUGAUAAAAGGGAUCAGAUCUAACAACGAGACGCCCGAGCAACUCCAAGACUUCUUAAACCAAGCCAUUGUAGAAUGCAGGGAGGAAGUGAAAUCUCCAGAUUUUAACAUGAAGACAAAUGCUGUUUUGAAACUAACAUAUUUGGAGAUGUACGGUUUUGAUAUGGCGUGGGCCAACUUCCACGUUUUGGAGGUUAUGAGCAGUAACAAUUUCCAGCAAAAGAGAGUCGGGUAUUUGGCAGCAUCUCAAAGCUUUUACAAAGAUAGUGAUAUUCUAAUGCUUGCUACCAAUCUUUUGAAGAAAGAUUUGAAAUAUGAUUUAAGCAACGAAACAGUUAAGAUGGGCGUCGCGUUAAGCGGUCUUUCCACAAUAGUAACGCCCGAACUUGCUAGAGAUAUUUGCGAUGAUUUGUUUCUAAUGUUAAACAGUGGUAAGCCAUAUGUUAGAAAAAAAGCGGUGACUGCCCUAUUCAAAGUGUUCUUACAGUAUCCCGAAUCCUUGAGAGACGGCCUCAGCAAAUUUGUUUCAACACUUGAGGAUGAGGAUACUUCGGUUGUCUCUGCUGCCGUGAGUGUUAUCUGUGAGCUAGCGAAACAUAACCCGGGUCCAUUUAUACAGUUUUCUCCUCUUCUAUACGAGAUGCUUAUACAAAUUGACAACAAUUGGAUCAUCAUCAGAUUGUUGAAACUUUUCACCAGUCUCUCGAAAGAAGAACCAAAACUACGGUAUAAGAUCCUACCAAAAGUUUUAGAAUUGAUGGAUAAAACUACUGCCAUUUCUGUGAUUUAUGAAUCGAUCAACUGUAUUGUAAAGGGUCAAAUGCUGGAAGAAGAUGACUAUGAUACCGCACAUCAGUGUUUGAACCAUUUGGAAUCGCUUGUCCAAUCACUUGAUCCAAACUUGAGAUACAUCAGUUGUGUGUUGUUCUAUCAUAUUGGUAAGAUUAACUUCGAAUUCAUUAUGCAAUAUGAUAAAUUGGUGAUAGGCUUGUUGAAAGAUGUGGAUAUAUCGAUCAGAACCAAAGUAUUGGAAUUAUGCUCUGGUAUAGCAUCAACUGACAACAUCAAAAAUUUAGUUAGAAUUCUAAUCAAGCAAUUUGUGGAUGUGGAUACAGUGCAUGUCAAUGAUCAAGGUGUUCAAAUAGACAUUCCUUUAAACUAUAAAGUGAAAGUUGCCAAGACUGUCUUAGAUGUCUGUUGUAUAAAUGAUUACGAGAAUAUCAAUGGUGACUUCGACUGGUACUUGAAAAUAUUGACGGAUCUCUGUAUAGUUUCACAAGAUUUGAAUAAUUUAGAGGUAUCAACUUUGUUAGGUGAUAACUUUAGAAACAUUAUGGUCAAAGUUCCAAGCAUGAGGGAUGCGGCUUUAGAACAAUUAAUCAAAUUGACUACAAACGAUGAUAUUAUCGCCAAGCUUCCUAACCUACUAAAGGAAGGAAUAUGGUGCUUUGGGGAAUAUUCCGAGUUAAUUGAUAACUGUGACACUCUCGUUGGCAUACUCCUAAACAAAGCCAAUAAACUUCCAGACACCGUGAUACAGACAAUGAUUCCUGCAUUAGUGAAAUUAUUCUCAACCUAUGCUAACACAGAGGGUAGAACCAAAUCUGAAAUAUCAGAUCUUCUUUCUACACUAAUCGCAUUCAUGGAACAAAAAUACAGAUCAACGAAUUUUGAUAUACAAGAACGAAGCGUAGAGUUCUAUGAAAUGUUAAAACUCUGUCAAGAUGCUUUGCAAGAUGAAACGGAAGGGUUACCUCUAUUAAUUACCGACGUUUUACCUAGUCUUUUCAAUGAGUAUGAACUUGGCCCAAUGUCACACGGACAACAACAGCAGUUGGUUAAGGCGUUAACACUCGAUUUAGACACUCCAUUUUUAUCUUCUGUUGAACUCGAAGAAUUAAUGAAAAAUGAAGAACUAUAUGAAGAUGAAGCUGCAUAUUAUUCCGACAAGGAGAGCGUUAAAUCUGCUGCAAGCGCUGGAAGUUCUGACGGAUCUGUAACUCAGGAUAUCUCGUCAGAGAAAGACAUUUCAAUGACAGAAGAAGAACUUGCUGCUUUAGAAGAGCGCAGAAGACAAGAGAGGUUGGAUAAUCCGUUUUAUUUGAAUGAUGAUAAAAUUGACCGUGCAGAAACGAAAUUGAUAGAAUUGAGUGAUAACGAUGAUGAGGGUGAAACAAAAACAAUCGAACCCGUCAUCAAAAUUUCGACGAAAAAGAAGAAAUCUAAUAAGUCACCAUCUGUACAAAUUUUGUCAGAUAUUGUAGUGGCUCCACCAUCCACUAUCACAAAGGAGGGGAAGAAGAAAUCAAAUACUUCUGGGCAUUCAGAUGCGAUAACUCUUUCCACAUCGAAUAAAUUCAAAUCUUUUGAUUUUAGUCGAAAGGAUAACAUUGAUUACGACGGUGAAUACACUGUUGAUCAAGAGGAGUUGGAAAAGCUAAAAAAUAAACUUGCAGAACAACACAUUAGUGACAAUUUAACAGCCAUCCAAGAUGACAAAGAAGAAGUCAUAGUUAUUAAAAAGAAAAAGAAGAAGAAAACCAAAGAUGGCAGUAAGAAGGAAAAGACUAAGAAAAAAUAUAAAGAGCCCGCUGAAAAAGCUUCAACUCCAGCAAUUUCUCUAGCUCCAAACGAAUCAUAA